UUGACCUAAAAGAGGCGAGCGAUAAUAUUUGCUCGAGGCGCUGGGCGUAGGCGCCGAUCGGGGGUUUUAGAGGAGAAAUGGCCACCGUCGUGGCGCCUUGCCAGAGACCAGGGCUUAGUUUCGUCUUGGCCGUCUCCUCGCGACUGUCAUUAGCCACCAGAGCUUUCCCGGCAAGGAGCUUCACUCGGUACUGUAAAUCCAGUUCCACGUUUGCCUUGUCUUCGAAAUUCAAGGAACUUGGUUGCGUGCGUGGAAGCCGAUUGAAAUUGCCGCGUGCUUUUGCAGGGUCUAGCCAAUUCUCCACAGUGAGUGUUGGAGCUUCUCCUGUAGCUGAAGAGAUGGCUGUCAAGGAGGCUCCCAAGGAGAUUUUUUUGAAGGAUUACAAGCCCACUGGCUAUCACUUUGACACGGUCGAGCUGAAAUUUGUUCUGUCUGAGAAAAAGACAACCGUGGUGUCUAAGAUCCGGGUUUUGCCGAGAAACUCAAGUGAAAGCCCGCCAUUGGUUUUGGAUGGUCGUGACGUGAAACUUCUCUUUGUUAAAAUCAACGGCGAAGAACGGAAGCUGGAAGAAGUUGAGCUGACCAGCCGUCAUCUGACGUUGAAGUCACUUCCUGUUCAGCCUUUUGAUUUAGAGAUUGGCUCUGAGAUACACCCGGAGACUAACUUGUCUCUCGAAGGGCUCUACAAGUCUUCCAGCGGCAUGUUUUGUACACAAUGCGAAGCUGAAGGUUUUAGAAAGAUAACCUUUUACCAGGAUCGGCCAGACGUUAUGGCAAAGUUCACUACCAGGAUAGAAGCGGACAAAGCACAGUAUCCCGUUCUUUUGUCGAAUGGCAACCUUAUAGACUCCGGAGACCUCGAGAAUGGAUUUCAUUAUGCUGUGUGGGAGGAUCCUUUCAAAAAGCCUUGCUACCUCUUUGCCUUGGUAGCGGGGCAACUCACGUCCAGAGACGAUACUUUUAAAACGCGUUCAGGAAGGGAUGUUCAACUGAGGAUUUGGACUCCUGCACAAGACGUCCCAAAGACAGAGCAUGCUAUGCAUGCUCUCAAGCUUUCAAUGAAGUGGGAUGAGGAUGUGUAUGGGUUGGAGUAUGAUCUUGACCUGUUUAACAUUGUCGCUGUUCCCGAUUUCAACAUGGGUGCUAUGGAGAACAAGAGCUUGAAUAUAUUCAACUCGAAACUUGUUCUGGCAUCUGCUGAAACUGCUACAGAUGUUGACUACGCGGCAAUUUUGGGUGUGAUCGGUCAUGAGUACUUCCACAAUUGGACUGGGAAUAGGGUGACAUGCCGUGAUUGGUUUCAAUUGAGUCUGAAGGAGGGUCUUACAGUUUUCAGGGAUCAGGAGUUUUCUUCUGAUAUGGGCUCUCGACCUGUCAAACGUAUCGGUGAUGUCGCUCUUCUCAGAACAGCACAAUUCUCAGAGGACGCUGGUCCCAUGGCGCACCCUGUCCGUCCGCAUUCUUACAUUAAGAUGGACAACUUCUAUACGGUGACGGUGUAUGAAAAGGGUGCGGAAGUCGUUCGCAUGUACCAAACAUUGCUUGGGAAAGAUGGGUUUCGGAAGGGCAUGGACUUGUACUUUGAACGCCACGACGGACAAGCUGUAACUUGCGAGGAUUUCUUUGCUGCUAUGCGAGACGCUAAUUCCGCCAAUCUUUCAGUUUUCUUGAGAUGGUAUUCUCAAGCUGGAACACCCAUUCUUACUGUUUCGACAGCGUAUGAUGCUGCAGCUCGUAGCUAUACUGUAAAGUGCAAGCAAGAAAUUCCUUCUACACCUGGGCAACCUGUGAAGGAGCCGACGUUAAUACCAUUGGCUGUGGGUCUACUAAAUUCAAAAGGCGAAGACAUGGUGUUGACCGAGUUGCUUGAUGGAGGAUCACUCAAGUCAUUGAAAGACACAGCGGGGGGACCUGCAAAGACAGCCGUACUUGUUGUUGAUAAGGAAGAGCAAGAGUUCACUUUUCUCAAUUUGCCUGAGAAACCUGUGCCAUCUUUCCUAAGAAACUUUAGUGCUCCCGUGCGCCUUGUGACGCCGACUGUGACGGAUGACGAUUUGCUCUUUUUGCUCGCGCAUGACUCCGACGAGUUUAACAGAUGGGAGGCUGGACAGACGAUGGGAAGAAAACUUAUGCUGGAUCUUAUUCCGAAAGCACAAAGAAACGAACAGCUCGCGGUUCCAUCCGCAUUUGUGGAAGGCAUGCGCAGUAUUCUCAACGAUUCCUCGUUAGAUAAGGAAUUUGUGGCAAAGGCACUAACACUUCCUGGAGAAAGCGAACUGAUGGACUUGAUGGAGGUUGCAGAUCCAGAUGCAGUACAUACUGUCCGAAAAUUUGUGAUAAGAGAGCUUGCGUCGAAACUGAAGCAAGAUUUCCUGAAAACUGUGACUGAAAACCGAAGUUCUGAUCCGCACUACACAUUCGAUCACAAAAACAAAGCCAGGAGAUCCUUAAAAAACCUCGCUCUCGGCUACCUCUGCUCUCUGGACGAGGCGGACACUACUGAGCUUGCUUUGAAGGAAUACAAAAGCGCAACAAACAUGACAGAUCAAUUUGCAGCCCUCUCGUCACUUUGCCAGAAUCCUGGGGACGUGCGUGAUGAAGCUUUGGCAAACUUCUACGAGCAGUGGAAGGACGAAACUUUGGUUGUGAACAAAUGGCUGGUGUUACAAUCUAUGUCUGAUAUCCCUGGAAAUGUUAAGAACAUGAGGCGAUUGCUAGAUCAUCCGUCCUUCGAUAUGAAGAACCCAAACAAGGUGUAUUCUUUGAUCGGUCCUUUCUGUCGGACCGCUGUCAACUUUCACGCUAAAGAUGGCUCUGGCUACGAGUUUCUGGCAGAGGUGACUUUGCAGUUGGACAAAAUGAACCCUCAGGUGGCAUCGCGAAUGGUAUCGUCAUUGUCGAGGUGGAAACGCUUUGAUGAAGGCAGACAAUCGCUGGCUAAGGCUCAACUGGAACGCAUUGCUAAAACCGAUGGCCUGUCAGAGAAUGUGUUUGAGAUCGCCUCCAAGAGCCUGGCAGCGUAAAAAAGAUCCAAGGAGUUCGCGAUCGUCGAGCAAGCAUUUGCCAUAAGAUAGUAUACAGCUUCACCACUCAGCUCCUCAAAAGCCACCUCAAUUCUUCCACUUUCUACAAGCCGCUGGUGCCACGCCAACGGAGAAAUCACCACCGCUUCGUCUAGACAUCGUCCUCGCGAGCUUCACUCAUCUCGUCCGCCCGGCUCAAGAUAUCCGUCCUCCAUCCCGGGACGAACACAUACCGGCACUCUCGGCUUUGAUCAACAAGACCACCACCACGCUCAAGCCGCAAGCCUUCGUCCGUGGUCCUGUGGAACAUCUCGAGCACCAGUUUGUUAUCACCUCGGCAACCAUAGCCAGCCAAGAGCGCGCUCUAGGAGCUGCGAGCUUGCAUCAAAAGCGCAGCGAGCAUCGACCAUGUUCCUGUAGAAGUCAACGAGAGAGACCACCACCCCCGGGUCGACUUCCAGGCCGUGUCAACAUGCAUCGCCAUGGACGAGCUUCCCCGUCUCGAGCAGCGCCGCGGGGCCACUCCCGCAAGCUUUGAUCGCCGCGGACAGAGCAGCUUCCACUCGUCAACUUUCAUCUGAGAGAACAAAGCUGGCGCGAGCUGCGACUCACCGGCAUCGGCACAGGCGACGAUGAGCGAAGUCCACAGCACUGGAUCGCGCUGCUCGAUCCGGUCGUAGACUCUCCUUGCCUCGAUCAAGCUCCCGGAUUUGGAGUAGCAGUCGACGAGGCUGCUCGCCACCCGGGGAUUCAAGUCGAAGCCACGCUCGGACGCUUGCGAGUGCAGCGAGGCCGUGCUCCUCCGCAUGACGAGCAAGUUGGGCUUGAUCUCCGGGCUUCUCUCGAUCGAUGCUAGACUCGCCAAGGCCUUGAGCGGAGGAACGAAGGAUCCAGCGUCUAGACCACAGCCCUCGAGCUGCAUGAAGGGGAAGAGCAGCACCACCAUGCCGGCUUGCUUGUUCUCGCAGUAGCCCAGCAUCAAGGAGUUCCAGAACACAAAAGCUCCUCAAGCUCCCACACGUACGUGUCCAACAGAACACGUCGAGCUCGCAGCCAUUCCUCGCGGGUUGAUUGUGGACGACCAUUCCCUGCUCGAGCGCCAUAGCUUUUAGCUUGAGAUCACGAGCUUCUUCUGAGCUUGCGAGAUGAGCGCAGGCGGCGACAAAGAUUCACCAGAUCCAUAAGGCCUUGAAAGCUGCUUGAGCAUCCGGCUCGCAGCUCGGCUAUAGCAGAACAAGCCGAGAGCGUUCUCUUCACUUCCAUUCUUUGAUCUCGCUCCACCACUUUCAGCAUUCAAGUUCUUUGAUCUCGUUCCA